CGUCGCCUUAAUGGUUGUCGCGCAGGCCUCUGCAAUAAAAGCAUCUUUUAUUUUUUUGUUUACUAUUCAGCGAAAUAAUUAUACAGAUUUGCAAAGAUAUAAAUAGAAACAAAAUAAUAUAAUAAAAGAUUUUAUUUAUUAUGUCGGCUAAUAAAAUGCCGGUAGACAUUAAUCGUCUUACAGAAGGUUGGUUGGAAUUGGAAUCAGAUCCGGGACUUUUCACACUAUUGCUAGAAGAUUUUGGUGUACAUGGAGUGCAAGUAGAAGAAGUAUAUGAUCUUCAGAAACCAAUAGAAGGUCCUGUAUAUGGUUUUAUUUUUCUCUUCCGUUGGAUUGAGGAAAGAAGAGCACGAAGAAAAAUUGUUGAAACUACUGCCGAAAUCUUUGUAAAAGAUGAUGAAGCAGUAGCAAACAUAUUCUUUGCUCAGCAAGUAGUCCCAAAUAGUUGUGCUACUCAUGCGUUACUUUCAGUACUCUUAAAUUGUAGUGAAGCUGAUUUACAUUUGGGAGAUACAUUAAGCAGACUUAAAAGUCACACUAAGGGCAUGUCUCCUGAAAAUAAGGGUUGGGCUAUUGGCAAUACCCCAGAGCUCGCGUGUGCUCACAAUUCACAUGCUAUGCCUCAAGCCAGAAGAUUAUUGGAGCGAAAUGCUGGCUCAGGCAUAUCUACGGGACGCUUUACUGGAGAAGCAUUUCAUUUUGUAAGUUUUGUUCCUAUAAAUGGACAUCUAUUUGAAUUGGAUGGCUUAAAGCCUUAUCCAAUGGACCAUGGAGGCUGGAAAGAAUGUGAGGACUGGACAGAUAAAUUCAGGCGGGUUAUGGCAGAACGCCUUGGCAUUGCUACCGGUGAACAGGAUAUUCGUUUCAAUUUAAUGGCCGUAGUUCCAGAUCGUCGAAUAGCUAUAACGCACAAAUUGAAGAUGUUGCGCACUAAUCAGGCCAUUGUGUCAGGAACUUUACAAAAACUUUUGAAAGCCAACGAAGCAGCUGCAGGUGCUUCAGAUAAUGGCCUAACUGCAUUAAAAUCAGAAGAAAAUGGUACAGAUCAAUCGUCAUCUUUAUCUACAUCAUCCUCACAAUUGCAACAACAACGUAGUGUUUCACCUUCUCCCCUUUUAGACGCCUCAAACGCAUUCACUGUACGAGACUUGCAAUCUCUAUUAAAAAAUCUUGAUUCAGAAAUUGCAAUAAAUGAACAACAUUUAAAUGAUGAAAAUGAUCGACGCUAUAUGUUUAAGGUGGAUGAUUGCCGACGUACACAUAAUUAUGAUGAAUUUAUCUGUACAUUUCUUUCGAUGUUAGCACACCAGGGAGUUUUGGGCGAAUUGGUUAGUCAGCAUUUGCUUCCUUCAAAAAAAAUUGGUGGCCAAAGCGCAGUGAAUCGCAUCAACAAACAAACAUCAAAUAAUACCGUUGCGCCUAAACAAAAGAAUGGAAAAUCUCCAAAAACUCCAGGGCGUCGGAGAAAAGGUCGAAAUAAAUGUAAAAAACGCAAAUAAGCUUUUACAUAUGUAUAAUAUUUUUUUAAGAUUUUUUUAAGUUAAAAAUACAUAUAUACUAACUAGUAAUUA